ACAAGACCCAGUCAGUUGCGCUGCGCGGAGCUGCGUCGCUUCGACCCGAGCUACGCGAGUGUCCCUCUGUCCGACCCGUGCCGUGAGUGGAAUGUCUCAAGCUCUGUCGUGUGAAUGAAAAUGUGACAAGUUUGUGGAUAUUCUCAUGGGAUUAUACCGUUGAGCGAAUUUCACGUCUCGUUCCGAAGGCCUCAAGAUGGACGAGCCGACCGACACCAUCACGUUCCUGCUGCAGCUCGGGCUGGUGCGGGACACUUGCACGGUGGAGGCCGGCACCCUCAACCUCAAGGCACUCAAGGACCUCGCCGUCGACUUCAUCAACAAAAAGUUCCCAGACCAUGGAUUGACAAGGCUUCCGGAUCGCCUGCUUCUAUUCCGCCAUGACUAUUCAUCAGUAAACAUUUUGCAGCUUGUAAAUUCUACUGUGGAUAUUGUAGAUGAAACUUUAGUUGAAAUUGUGAUGACAUCCACUUUACCACCAUCUGUCCCAGAAAUAACUGGUGAUGAUGUCCCUCUCAGACCACAUGCCUUAGUGGUUCAUUCUUAUAAGGUCCCAACAUUUUGUGACUUUUGUGCUGAGAUGUUGUUUGGUUUGGUUAGACAAGGCCUGAAAUGUGAAGGUUGUGGACAAAACUAUCACAAAAGAUGUAUAAUAAAAAUUCCAAACAACUGCUCAUAUGCAAUUCUUGACAUGGGGGAGCAAAGGCGACGUAGAUCCUCAACCCUCCAGGUUCCUCGCAGCCCUUCAGAGACCGGAUCUAAUUCUUCUUUGACAUCAGUAUCUGAUGAAUCCAGUGGAAUGCAAAGUCUCAUGCAACAACUUGGAGCUGUUACUCUUUCUGUGCCAAAACAAAGUCGAUCUCCGUCUCUUGGUGGAAGACCUCCUUGGGUGGAAAAAGAAAUGGCUGCUAGGUGUCCUAUCCCUCACACUCUUCUGGUUCAUAGCUAUAUUCGCCCAACACUGUGUCAGAUCUGCAAGAAGCUUCUGAAAGGAUUAUUCAAACAAGGACUUCAGUGUAAAGACUGCCAUUAUAAUGUUCACAAGAAAUGUGUUGAAAAAGUGCCCAAAGAUUGUCCUGGUGAAAGCAUAAGAGAAGGAGGAGAAUAUCCAGACAGUGGGAUGGGGAGUGAACCUGAUCGUGAAAACAGCAGAGAUGGGGCUGAAGAAGAUAGUGACGGAGAAAAUGAUGAUACUGUUUCACCCAAUAACACAAGGAAGAGUUCUACUGUGGAGUCACCAACCAAUGGAUGUUAUGUUGACCACAUUACUGGACCUGAUGAUGAUGGAGAUGUCCAACGUCCAAGGCCUGCUACAUCAUCACCCAGCAAUAACAUUCCACUCAUGAGAAUUGUACAAUCAGUCAAACAUACAAAACGUCGAGGGUCUAAAGUCAUCAAGGAAGGAUGGAUGGUCCAUUUCACUAACAAAGAUCGCAUGCGAAAAAGGCAUUAUUGGAGACUGGACAGUAAGGCCAUCACUUUGUUCCAAAGUGACACAGGAGCUAAGUAUUACAGAGAAAUAUCCCUAGCAGAAAUUCUCUCUGUGGAACCCGCAAAAUGCAUACAAGGGGAUGCUAUGCAUUGCUUUGAGCUACAUACUUCAACCAUCUCUUAUUAUGUUGGAGAAGAUACUAUGUACACUCAGGGUAUGAGAGAUAUGCCUGCUGUUGAAAGUGGUGUUGGAGCUCAUCUUGCCAAAAGCUGGGAAACAAGCAUACGCCAGGCCUUGAUGCCAGUUUUAUCAAACACAUCAAAAGCAGAGAGCUCUUCAGGAGAGGCUCAACAGCUUGAAGAAAGACCAACUGAUAUUAGCCAACUCUAUCAAAUUUUCCCUGAUGAAGUACUUGGAUCUGGCCAAUUUGGAACAGUUUAUGGAGGAGUACAUAGGAAAUCUGGGCGCUCAGUUGCUAUUAAAGUUAUUGAUAAACUGCGCUUUCCCACAAAACAAGAAGCCCAACUGAAAAACGAAGUAUCAAUCCUUCAGAACCUUUCUCAUGCCAGUGUUGUCAAUUUGGAGGGAAUGUUUGAGACACCUGAGCGCAUUUUUGUUGUAAUGGAGAAACUUAGAGGAGAUAUGCUUGAAAUGAUUUUAUCAAGUGAAAAAGGUCGCCUAAGUGAAAGAAUAACAAAAUUCUUAAUAACACAGAUUCUUGUUGCACUGAAGUAUCUCCACAGUAAGAACAUUGUGCAUUGUGACUUAAAGCCAGAAAAUGUCUUGCUAAGCUCGGAUGGAGAUUUCCCCCAAGUCAAAUUAUGUGACUUUGGUUUUGCUAGAAUUAUCGGGGAGAAGUCUUUUAGAAGAUCUGUAGUAGGAACUCCUGCGUAUCUUGCUCCAGAAGUGCUGAGAAAUAAAGGUUACAACCGCUCUUUGGACAUGUGGAGUGUGGGUGUUAUUGUGUAUGUCAGUUUAAGCGGAACUUUUCCAUUUAAUGAGGAUGAGGACAUCAAUGAUCAAAUACAAAAUGCAGCAUUUAUGUAUCCGCCAAAGCCAUGGAAAGAAAUUUCUUCAGAUGCUAUUGAUCUAAUCAACAAUUUGCUACAAGUAAAACAACGCAAACGUUACACAGUAGACAAAUCACUGGUCCACACAUGGCUACAGGAUUAUCAAACUUGGUGUGAUUUAAGAGAUCUUGAAGCCCAAGUGGGAUAUCGGUAUCUCACUCACGAGUCCGAUGAUGCCCGCUGGGAUGCGCUGCGGGUGGAACGUGAGAGAGAAAGAGAUAGGCUCUGACUGUGGUCACAAGCACUCCCAUCAACUCGACCUCCUCCCCUGAAGCCGGUCGGGUGUUUGGCAGUGCUCCGCAAGCCAUGGAAAUGGCGUCGUCGAUCACCUGUUGUAUUUGCAAUGCAGGCUGAGACACCGUUGUGCAGUGGAAAACACACCCGUGCAUUGAGGCAUGGUUUUGAACUGGAGAAGGGUUUACCAAGUUAUAUGGUGAAGGAAAAUCCCUUACAAUCUCCGUCUAUAGUUUGUGGUCUGCACACAGCUGCAAUGUCCACUGAUCCAACUUGUCAAAAUUUAAUGAGGCCAAAUAUUUUGUCUGUUAAUGAAAAGACUCAAAGCAGGAAGAAGUAUGUUAACAGUUUACAUUACUCCCAAAUUUCAGGGCUUACUCCUACAUCACCUUUUGAUAUUAAUGAAUCGCAUUGACAGUGUCUCACAGGAACGUUUUGAUACCCCUGUUUCAUUAUUGCAGAUGCAACAUUUUGUAGUUUUAUUAAUGUGUAGACUGAUUUUAAUUGAAUGGCAUGUUUAUGAGCAUUUUUGAUGAAAUUUAAAUUCUUUAUGUUUCACAACUGACACAAUCCACAUUGUUUAGGAUUGUGAUAUAUUGCUACUGAAGUUUUUAAGUUAAUGUAAGUAUCUGUGAUAAUGUAUGCUGAUACUUCAUGAAGUAAUUAAUUUUGAAAUGCUUUGAAAACUUUAGUAACUUUUUGAAAGUCAAAUUAUUAUGGAUUUGUACUACUCCUAUAGGUAAGCCCACAUUCUCCACUCGAGUGAAGGUUGAUUUAUUCUAUUGAAGCCUAUGCUGAAACAAGCUGAAGCUGAAUACCUAGCUCUGUCAAGAGCCUAAAUCCACCUAAACACACUCUUAAAUGCAAAGUGAUUCCACUCCUAUAUUUGUUUUGGUAUUUCUUAAUCGAUUUGGGUUAUUUCCAGUUACUUCAGUUAUCUUGAUAAUUUCAAAACCAACACACCUCUACUUCUUUACAAAUUAGCACACAGCUUUUCGUUUUAAUUGUUGUAAAACAUAAAGAAGGAACCCUAAUUGAGUAGCUGAUAUUAUGUUUGAUUGACAAAACUCCAUUGCUUGGACUAAGCUAUUUGUUGUGCAGAUCUGUACAAACUAAUUUAUUUAAUGUGUGGAAUGUUUCAGCCUUGCCAAGUUUUUGAAUGCCCAUUCCAGAAGAGCAACAUUUUGCAUGACACUAAACCUCUGUGAUUGUAUUUAGGGAAUCCUGUUUAAGUUGUAUUUUUGCUUAGUACUUUGGUAAAGAGAAGAUAAAAGAUGCUGUUGUAUCAAUUUUAAUUUUGCCUGCUUUUAGAAAAAAAACACAAUGUUGAUAAAAUGUGAUUUUUCUUUAAAUUUGAGACAAACGAUCUUCAGCUCAUACUAUUUUGUGCACCACAUGUCCAAACGUGAAUCAGUACUUACUACAUAUAUUUACACCAUGCACUGGAGCCAGAGUAUUCCCCUUCGUUCAUGAUGUGUAGCUUAUGUUAGAAAUGGUAGACCAUGUCCAUCCAAGCCCCCUUUUGUAUAUUUCAAACUGUGACAGAAAUUCUUGUUACUGGAGGGAAUAUUCACUCAUGCACUAGGUGGGACCAAUAUAUGAAACUUGUGCAAACAAUUUCCCAUCAUACUGAUAAGAUCUGAAAGAUUUUUGACAACAUACUAUUGUAUAGCAUGCUUUUCUCAAAGGUUUGUUACGUUCUGAAGUAGUACGCAUGUUUUUUUUAAAAGCCAUAUGUAGUCUAAAAUUUAGGAACAACAGAAAUUAUUCCCCCAUCAUGUAUGGAAUUUAGUAAUUAUGUGACUGUGCAUUAUGAACUUUGUGAAGAGUUUUGUUUCCAAAUGGUUUUAUUUAUUUUUUUGUUAAAUAAGUUAAAUAUUUAUUUUGUGAAUUGUGUCUCAUUUAACUGUUCAAACAGUUUGAGUAUUAAUUUGAAGUAUGUACUGACAAAGCCAAGCCUGUGAAAAAUGUAACAAAAUCAGACUUGUUUAUGUAUCAUUUCAAAGUGCUAGUGAGUGACUGUCAGGUUUACACUGCAGUAGGCAGUUCCCGUUGCAAACUGUUUAUAGUUUUCAUCGUCAAAUCUCAAGAUGAGAUGUGACAGACAAUAGAUCUAUAUCAUAUGUAUGUUUUGGAUUUUUCACAUUUCUCUUGAGUAUUAAAACUUGUCACCAGCCUCUCCAUUCCAGUUGAUAGGUCAGUAAAGUCGAAUAUACUGUCCACAAUGUCUUCCAUGAGCAGAGUUAUUGGUGAAAACAGUCUACAAAAUACAUAGUCUUGAGAAGGCCUAAAGGACAUACCCUUUUUCAGUAUUAUCAGUGUAUUAAUCUUUCAUUGCAACAUUUAAGUUACUUGUUUAAAAGCCUGACUAUGUACCUAGUGAUUGCUCUUCGUGAAAAACAUUAAACCUAUUUUAUACUCAGCUAAAAA